AUGUCUGCAUCACCCACAACCGCAAUGUCCUCAGCAAAGCGACCUUUGGAAGACCCUUCCUCCCCAUCCGCCCCAACUGACCUCCCAGAAGCAAAGCGACCAGCCCUUGACAAAGUUGUCCGAGAAGAUGCUACCCCAGCAGGAAUCGAGCCUACAGAUGAUGCUCUUGUCGAAGAACCAACCCCCAAGGAACAUCAAGGACUCCCCACACCGGCGACCAACGGAGACGCCGACACGCAUGCAGAGGCGCCCGCUUCUUCGGAGACGAAUGGAGCUGCAACCUUGCCGCCCGCAGAUACUUUGCCCCUCCCACCGCCAACAUCCCAGAUUGAUCUUCCAUCCCAAGCAUCAACAACAGCAACGCAAGACGAGUCUCAGUGGAUCCAUAUUCGUUCGGUCAUUUCCAGUGCCGAAGCCGCUACUUGCAUUGGUAAAGGGGGUGAAAACGUAACACAAAUUCGAAAGCUUUCUGGUGCUAAAUGCACAGUAAGCGACUACUCUCGUGGUGCCGUGGAACGCAUCUUGACAGUCAGUGGAGCUCAAGACGCAGUUGCCAAGGCCUUUGGACUCAUCAUUCGUACUCUCAACAACGAACCUCUUGAGGCUCCUUCCACUGCACAGUCGAAGACUUACCCUCUACGGCUUUUGAUCCCUCAUAUACUUAUCGGGUCGAUCAUUGGAAAGUCGGGGGUGCGGAUUCGUGAAAUUCAAGAAGCAUCGGGUGCUCGUCUGAAUGCGUCUGAUUCAUGCUUGCCACUUUCUACUGAACGUUCUCUGGUGGUGUUGGGCGUGGCAGAUGCUGUGCAUAUCGCGACAUACUAUGUCGCCGUGACUCUCGUUGAGCAGCUGACUGAACGCUUUGGUGGCCCUGCCGCCUCUGCAUAUGCUACCAGAAGUGGUGGCCCCGCCGGUGUCGUGCCCGGGGGAAUGCAAGUGGUUCCAUACGUGCCACAACCUGCUGGCGGUCAGUACGGCCAUCCAGACAUGUAUAAACGCCACAACACUCAUCCCCCUCAGCGUGUGCCCCCACAACCUUAUGGUGCUCCUCAGAUGCAUGUUCCUCCCCAGCAACCGUUUUCUGCGCAGGCAACACCAUAUGCAGCCACACCUCGAACACCUAGUUAUGGAGGUAUGCCUCAACAGCCCGCGCCAUAUGGACACAUGCCGCCUCAGCCAGCUCCACAUGGCCAACCCGCACAACCAGCUCAUGCAAUGCCUGGACAGCCCAUUACACAACAGAUUUUCAUCCCCAACGACAUGGUCGGAGCUAUCAUCGGCAAGGGUGGCGCCAAGAUCAACGAGAUCCGACACCUUAGUGGAAGCGUGAUCAAGAUUAACGAACCGCAGGACAACAGCAAUGAGCGCUUGGUCACUAUUACUGGCACACAGGAGUGCAACCAAAUGGCCUUGUACAUGCUUUAUUCCCGGCUAGAAAGCGAGAAGCAUCGUAUCUAA